AAUAACUGAGCAAGCUUCGGCUUCGACGGCACAACUUUACACUUAUCGUAUUAGUUGUUCAUUCAGUUAAACAAUUUUAGCACACCGAAAGUUUUAGUCUUAGUCUCAAGAAGUAUUUAUUUUUUUUGUGACAAAAUGUGGCAAAUUUAUACUGUUCUAGUGCAAGCUCUAUUGCUGUGUUCCAUUGCGAUGAUUUACUUUCAAUCGACGAUGGUAGUUAAUCUGGAACCGCAGAACACAAUACGCCAGAUGGGUUUUAGACCACCAGCCGAUCGUGCUGUAGUGUUUGUUACUGACGGCCUUCGCGCGAAUUCCUUUUUUAGGAACAACUGCUCCUCGGUGCCGGACCUUCAAGAGUUGUUUCUUCACCAGGGCAUCGUCGGAAUAGCGCAUUGCGGUGUGCCGACAAUGUCACGAACUGGACAUAUUGCAAUAUUUGGAGGUUUUAUGGAGGAUCCUUCGGUGGCUUUGUAUUAUUUUCAAAAGAAUCCCAACAAUUUCGACACUGUCUUUAAUCGUAGUCGAGCUGCUUUUGUCUGCGGAGACUCCUAUGUAACCCAAUAUUUUGAGAACUUGCCCACUGGCGGUGCACACUUAACAUUUGAGAGCUUUAAGAAUUCGGACUUUUCAGGAGCGUUUGAAGCAGAUGAAUGGGCUUUCAAUAGAGUACGCAAUUUCUUAUCUAAAGAGAAAAACGUUGAGACGGUUCGCCAAGAAGAGACUUAUGUGUUCGCUAGCUUUCUAGCAAAUCUCGAUAUUUCGGGACACAACGACAAGCCCGAUACUAAGAGGUUUCGUGAAAUACUUCUCUCAACUCAGAAGGGUAUACGAGAUACCUAUGAACUUUUCGAACGUACUUUCAAUGACAGUCGUACGGUGUAUCUAUUAACAUCUGAUCAUGGCAUGAGUGAUAUGGGAGUCCAUGGUAGAGCAUGGAGAUCUCAUACGGAAGUUCCCUUCUUUUUUUGGGGCGCCGGUGUCAAUCGUGAGGCUCCCAAUAAUGGAGCCAAUUUUACUGCUGAUAACAGUGGCUUACAAUUACCGCUUCACAAUCUAAAGCAAUUUGAAUUGGCUUCACUAAUAUCGGCAUUUAUUGGCCUUCCACCGCCUAUGAACAACAUGGGAAUCCUACCACUGGGCUACAUGAAUGUUACAGCCGAGUAUGAGUCGCAUGCGGCCUACUUAAAUGCACUGCAACUACUGGCGCAAGUGACAUCGGUUUUAUCACACCAUGAAGCUGGUUAUUUCAGUAAAUGGCUGCCCAGAUUCAACGAUCUCGACUUGACAAGGAUAAAAGCAUAUAAAAAAGAGAUCCAGCGGCAUCUUUCAUUGGGUUGGUUUACCGAAGCGAUGGAGCAAAGCCAUCAUCUUGCCAAAUUGGCCGUCGAGUGUCUAGAAUUCUAUGAAAAUUACUACCGCAAGGCCCUAAUUGUUACAACAGUUCUCUCGUAUCUGGGAUGGUUUUACAUAAUAUUUGCUAAACAAGCUCGUAUCACUAGUAAGUUGCAAAAACGAUUUUUCACUAUGAGCACAGUGGCCCUUUGUGCCUUGGGCUUAACAUUAGCCCAACUAAUGAUCUUGCAGCAAGUGCCCUGUUGGACGACUUUGUUUUUAAUACUGCCUAUACCCAUUUGGAUUCUGGCUAUACGGGAAUCUCCAAUAAAGGAGUUCUUCGUCUUAAAACCACUAAUGCAAGUGUUCUGGGUGGUCUCUACUGGUGGCAUUUUGAUUGGUUUUAUCCGAGAUUCGCGUUUCAUAAUCGGAGCCUUUCUAAUGGCAAGAUAUGCAUACAAUCGUCAAGGAUUUUGCCAUCCUUCAUUCAAAUUUGUUGUUUGGCUAAUUAUGACAGCUUUGAUAAGCGCAUUUAUUCCGUAUUUCUAUUACUAUAACGGUGUAAUCGACUUUAAUAAUGAUCAUCUAGUCUACUGUAGCAUGGUUUUGGUCUUGUUGCGUCCGCUAAUUCUUUGGCAUAGGCACGCAAAGUGUUUUUGGAUUUUGAACACUGGCAUAUUGGCUCUGGAAGUAUAUGGUAUUUAUCUGCGCACUACAAAACAGCUGUUCCCAGAACCUUUGCAUUGUAUCUUCUGGGCCUAUAUCCUGUUUGCAUUGAUUUCGAUACCAUUCAGCAAUACUAAAUCGGCAAAGGAUCGAUUGGAACUGAUAUGCUUCAAUCUUUGCACAGUGUACACAUUAUUUUCCACCCACUUGGAAUCAAUUUUCAUACAAUUAAUGGCCGCUGAACACUUAAUGGGAUUCCAUGUGCAUGCGGAUCUGCAAAGGUUGAAGAGAAAAAAAGCCAACGACGCGAAUGAAGAUGACGAGGAGGAGGAAGCAGACAUCAACAAUGAUAAUGAUACUACAGUAAAGCCGAUGAGUCCCUUGGAGCAUUUAAAUCGUUCUUAUUAUUAUUCCGGCUUGUUCCUGCUGUACACUUUCCUCUCAUUUUACGGUAAUGGCCACGAUGCUUAUAUGCACUUGAUUGAUACAAAUACGGCCCGCUUAUUUGUUACUAACUUCUCGUUUGUGAUCAUUUCUCUAACCAUUGCAAUGAAGCUAUUGAUUGGACCAAUCAUCGUCAUGUCUAUCAUGUUCGCAAUGUCUGCAUAUGUCCGUCAAAAUUUAUGUCGAAUACUGCUGUGCCUGACACUUAUCUGCAAUGUUCUCAGUUUUUGUUUCUUUUUCUUUGUUCAAAAUCGGGGUGACAUGCGCGAAGUAAGAUUCUCAAUCACAACUCUUAUCGUUGUUCAUGGGUGUGUUCUAAUCCUGAUGGUCUGUUCGUUCACAGCCAAACUGCUGUUUAGUGGCAUUCCCAUGACAAUCAUUCUAUGGGAUAAUGAGAGCGUUAUUGAAACACAACCAGGUGAAAGCCAGGUUUAAAUUCAAAAUUACAAAUGUGUGUGCAAUAAAAAUUAAUUUAUCCAUAUAU